AUGGUCUAUAGCUACUACGGCCUCAGUCACGGUGCUGGCCUUCGUGACGGUUUGUCUUCGACUGCUCGCCCGUUUCUGAUCAAACCCAAGUUAUGGAACCUGGUCGUUGUCGGAUUUAUCUACGCCAUGAUCCAUGAGGGAAUGGGACUCCAUGCAAAGACUCUUCCCACAGAAAACGUGAUUUUGAUCGCCAAAUAUCUUGUUGUUGCCGAAGUUCUCUACGUCUUCAACCUAGCAUGGACCAAAUUGAGCAUUCUGCUCAUGUACUACAGGAUCUUCCGCUUUCGAUACUUCAAAACGUGGGCAUAUAUCAUUGGAAUCUUUGUUAUCCUUUGGGUUAUUUGCAUAACUUUUCUUUUCAUCUUCAUUUGCGUCCCCGUCCAGAAACUCUGGUAUCCCCAGAUUCCAGGGCGGUGCAUCAACCAGGUGGCCACAUGGGUCUCCAACGCCGUCUCAACGAUCGCAACCGACAUUGCCAUUCUCCUCCUUCCAAUUCCACAAGUAUGGAAGCUCCAACUUCGAAUGUCGGAAAAGAUAGCCGUCUUGAUUGCCUUCAGCUUAGGAUUUUUUGUCGUUUUCGCCUCCGCCUACCGCUUCUCGGUCUUCUUCAGUUACACUCCGCUUGAUUCCUCCUAUACUCUCGCCCGAACAGUUGGAUGGACCGCAAUUGAAAUGUCUGCCGGCAUCGUGUCGGCCAACCUCCCAACCAUCCGCCCUGCUCUCCGCUGCAUAGCACGCUUGCUGGGUGUUCAUGGUAGCGUUAUGGCUCUCUUCAAAAGUCAAAAUAGAACAACUGCCAAAAUUUCGGACACCGUCACUCAGCCUUCAGCAACAGGGGAGUCCACUGCCGCUAUUGUACAACACAACAAACAUCCAAACCGACAUUCUUUCUAUCAUCUACCAGAUGAUCCCAGCUCGGCGGGAGAACAGGCACGAAUAGAUGCCUCGUUUAGGCCGGACUAUGAUAACGCAAAGAUGUACAUCAAUGUGUUGGGUCCGAGGGUUGGUGAUCAUUUUGGUGGUGAUGAGAUUCCCAUUACUGAGAUUAGAGUCGACAAGGAGUUUACGCAGACUACAAACUGA